AUGUUUCACUCUGAUGUGCCUCAGCCGUCUCAAUACGAAGCGGCAGCCUUGCCUUUUGCAACCUGGAACCUAGGGGGUUUGAGUCCCGAAAAAGUGCUCGACUUGCUCACUGGUUUCCAUGGCAGCCCACCACUGUCCGCCCUCCAAGUGCUCUUUCUCCAAGAGAUCACAGUCACUGCAGGGGGUGGCCCCUUUUUUGCAACCAACGAUGUCUGGGUGCUCAUCCAUGGGAAGCUACCCACCGACUGGCGUGGCUGCGGCAUCGCCUACCGCAAGACCCUCGGUUCGCACGAAUCCUCACGCCUUUGCAUCGCAGCGUUGAGCACUGUGCUCCGCCAGCCAAACGCAAAAACCAUUGGCCUCCUUUCCGGGCAUGUGUCUCACAGGUUCACAAUUGAGAAGACAGCCGAAGCCCUCCAAGCAUGGGAGCAGUUGCCUGCACUCAAGUGUGGCAAAAUUCUUUUGGGGUUUGAUGCUAACGAAACGUUCAUCCAGCCAGGGGGUGAAUUGGGCAAUACCACCCUGUCCUGCACAGGUCGAGGCGAACAGAUCCUUCAAUGGUGCCUGGAGCAAGACAUACACCUGCCGUUGCAGGACAUGGAUGUUCCCACCCAUUUCCCCUAUAACCCCGAACUCUCUGCGAGGCGACUGGACUACAUCGCCGCUAGGGGUGUGAAAAUCUCUGAUGCCAAAGUCUUGCAAGCCCGGGACCGAGCAUCGUCCGACCAUGAACCCAUUGCAGCCAAGGCCCAUGUCCCUAAUCCCUCUCCCGCCAAGAUAGGGGUUAUUUGGUGUGCCCGACAGCUUAAAGCCGAAUGUCAUUCCUUGCUGGAUGGCUUUUGCAACACCGCAGCCGAUCCGCACCAGGCUGUUGCUGAAGUGGCUGCCCACAUCACCGAGCCAGCUCACCGCUCCCUUAAAUUCCGUGAGAGUAAGCACCUUAAGUCCCUCAGGCGUGCCGUGCGGGGAAUCCCCCCGGGAUUGGAAAACAGAAAGGCAUGGAAGAACAUUGCCAAGGAGCUCCAGCGUGAACGCAAAGCAUGGAAAACUGAGCUCGCCGAUCGAGCCGGCUCCCAUGACUGGAAUGCACUGCGAUCACUCAAAGCGAAGAGUUCUAAGACAGACUGGGCCGCCUCUCUUCUCGAUGACCCAGGAUGGGACCGCAAGCUAAGUGAGCAUAUGUCCUCCAUCUUCUGCAGGCAAAAGCCGGAAGCGACCAGGACCUCCAUGCAAGCCAUGCGAGACCAAGCCACUCACAUGUGCAAAGUCACACCGUGGAGACCUUUCACGGAAGCUGAAAUGCGCAUCACAAUGGCAAAGUGGAAAAACCACAAAGCCACAGGCCCUGACGGCAUCGCACUCGAAGCCCUCAAGUUGCUCUUUGAGCACGACAGCUGGCGACCUAAACUUGUUGAGCUGAUCAACGAUAGCCUGUACAAAGGGGAGCUGUCCGCCUGGAUCCUUGCAGGCGCUUCCGUGCUUCUUCCGAAGACGGCGCAGCCACUUUCAUGGUCCGAUACCAGACCCAUUACUUUGUCCAGCGCCAUCCUUAAGUGGGUUGCACAGUUGCUUCUCUUGAGGGGUUCGCCCCUGUUGCAGGAUUGUUGUCACAGACAAUUCGCAAGCAAAGGCAAGCAAGGUGUUGAAUUGAUACUUGCCUUGCGCAAGCUGACUCGAGUUGCGCAUGAAUGGAACACUCCAUUCUAUGUCGUGAAAAUUGACAUAGCUAAAGCUUUUGACAGCAUAGCCCAGGAAAAGCUUGCUGAUCUUGUCAUGCGCAAGAUCGCGCGCGACGGAUGCCAACCUUGGGAAGCGCGCUUGUGGCUUAGCUUACUCGAAGCCCGUGAGCUAAACUUCUGGGUGCAAAAGCACAAAGUCACCGUAAACCAAACAAACGGCGUACGCCAAGGAAGCCCCGACAGUCCUGUUCUCUUUGCUGCUGCAAUAGGAGAAGUUUUAGACGCCGCCUUGAGCGCAGUGAAUGGUGGUGGUCCGCCACAUGUGGGCAGGCAUGCGCACCUUGAGCCACCACCCCACUCCGGAUCCGCCUUUAUGGAUGACACAUAUGUCUGGGGAGAAUGCCCCAAAUACGUUCAAAAAGUCCUAUGGGAACUCGAGAAAUUGCUCCUGUCGCUGGGACUUAAGAUCAAUGCCAAAAAGACCCACGUCAUCUCCAACACGCCAGAAGACCCCUUCCGGUUUGUGAUCGGGGGAGUCCAGGUAACCCCCGAUGGCCCCGAUGCCAUCAUGACCAUCCUAGGCUCGCCCAUCAGCAUGUCCGGGGAUGUUGCCCCGAUUGUUGCCGAGAUGCAAGGACGCGCCAGACGAUCUUUCCACAUGCACCGGAAAGUCUUGUGCUCUCGAGCUCCACUCAAGGAGAGGCUUCUUUUACACCAAAGCCUAGUCCGGGAGGCUGCCUUAUGGGGCUGCCCUGCCUGGCCUGUCCAGUCCUCGCUCCUGCAAGCAGCCAAUAGUACUCAGUUAUUGCAGAUCAGGUCCAUGAUAGGAGGAGCCAGAUUGCCCACUGAGCGCUGGCACGAGUGGCAUAUUCGCACCAUGCGCAGGGCGAGAGCCCUUAUGCACCAGAACAAAAUUGUGCGAUGGUCCUCGCACACGCUCCACAUGCAGUGGAACCUCUGGGGACAUGUAGGCAGAGCGCCUUUCCAGCCGACGUUCCACAUCAUGAGAUGGAGAGACCUUACCUGGUGGAAGGAUCAACAAAACCUGACACCCGGCCCUGCCCCUAAAGGCGUUCGCCACAUAGGUCACCAUAAUCCCCAUCGCGACCCGGAAAGACAAAUUGGAGCCGCAGCAGGUAGGCAGUGGUGGAUCUCAGCCGCAAACCGUGCGCUGUGGCAGCACCUGGGGGACACCUUCCUUGAUCAGAAUGAUCCCCCAUGGGCCUCCGGCAACCAGCUUGUUCUGCCUGGAGCGCCGAACCUUGCGCCCAAUAAGCGUAAUCCCGCCCCUAAACCCGCCGCCCGUGCCAACCGCAAAGCCAUCCGGGGAGAGCCCCGCCGUGUUAUCCUUGCAUGCAAAGCCCGCCGCGCUCUGCUGAACGGAUGA